AUGAUGAGAUCGUUCCUUCUUGCCGCUCUUUUUGCUGCCAGUGCCCACGCAUGGACGACCGGCUCCAGUGUGUCGUCGUUUGGUGGCAGUGUCUUGAUGACACCUACUACCACUACCAAUAGCUGUCCUGCUGGAAACUUUUUGGAAAUGAAAAAGGGCAAGCCGAAUGUUCCCGUCAAUUUGCGUGGCAAUUACCGUCGGCAACAGGAAAUGUCGCAAAUGAGAGAUCAAAUGGUUUCCGCUUCCAAACCGGGUGCCGAUGGUAUGCCCGUCUUUAAUCUGUUUGUGCGAACCAAGAAAGCCAAUAUGUGGUACCCUUGCGGAAGUUUCAAGGGAGAUGAAAAAUCCAAAUCUUUGGCGCAAGCUUGGGCCGAUGGUGGCAUGAUGGCUGGAAUCUCCAAAAACCAAUUGGACGGAGGAAUCGCUGGCAGUCUUUACACCGAUUUACCAAAGCUCCAGGAAGGGGUUUGCCGUUCUUAUCCCCAAUUGAGAAAGAGCAGAGACAGCUUGGAGUGGGGAUACAAAUUGGCAUUUGACGGUCUUCCUGAAGACAAGGCAAAGGUUGUAGAACCCAUCGAACCCAAGGAAAUGAAGGGAGCCUUGGACGGCAUCAAGAAUUUCUUUGGAAACUAA